AUGACAUCCACAGCAGAUCGACUGGCCCGUCAGCAGGAGAGCGAAGAGGGCAUUGGAUCCAACCAGCAUGUGGCCAAGUUCUACCAGCAGGACUAUAAGACUUUGCAUCAGCGUUGUCUAGAGACCGGCUGCCUGUUUGAGGAUGACCGAUUUCCAGCUACGCGCACAUCACUGGGUUACAAUGUGCUGGGACCAUAUUCAUCCAAAAGUAAGGAUGUGGUUUGGAAGAGACCAACGGAACUGUGCUCCAACCCGAAAUUCAUUGAUGAUGGAGCCACAAGGACAGACAUUUGUCAGGGAGGUCUGGGUGACUGCUGGCUCCUGGCUGCCAUCGCCUCAUUGACUCUCAAAGAGCAGCUCCUAACUCGGGUUGUGCCCCCUGGACAGAGUUUCACUGAUGGAUAUGCUGGAAUAUUUCACUUCCAGCUUUGGCAGUUUGGAGAGUGGGUGGACGUGGUGGUUGAUGACCGUCUGCCCACCAGAGAUGGAAAGCUGCUGUUUGUUCACUCAGCAGACAGCUCGGAGUUUUGGAGCGCGCUGCUGGAGAAGGCCUACGCUAAGGUGAAUGGCUGCUAUGAGGCCCUGACGGGAGGAAACACCAUUGAGGGUUUUGAGGAUUUCACGGGAGGGAUCGCGGAAAUAUACACCAUGGACAAAGCUCCAGCGGACGUCUUCAAAAUCAUACAGAAGGCUCUAAGGCUGGGUUCGCUUCUGGGUUGUUCUAUUGAUAUCACCAGUGCGUACGAGACUGAAGCCAUAACAGAAAGCAAACUUGUAAAAGGACAUGCAUACUCAGUCACUGGUGCAGAAGAGGUACAUCUGAGGGAACACCCGGUUCAGCUUGUCCGUGUCAGAAACCCAUGGGGUCACGUGGAGUGGACCGGGCCUUGGAGCGAUGGAUCGAGGGAAUGGAAUCUUGUUUCUGAAGAGAAGACCAAGCUGAAUAAUGUCACUGAUGAUGGAGAGUUUUGGAUGUCCUUUUCAGACUUUGUCAAGCAUUUUACCAGGCUGGAGAUCUGUAACUUGACACCUGACACGCUCUCAAAUGAUGGUGAGGGCUGCUGGAACAGCUAUCAGUUUAAAGGGAUGUGGCGGGUGGGCUCCACUGCUGGCGGUUGCCGUAAUAACCCAGCAACAUUCUCAUCCAACCCUCAAUUUGUUAUCCGUCUGGAGGAUGUGGACGAUGACCCUCUGGACGGGGAGGACGGCUGCACUUUCCUGGUGGGACUGAUGCAAAAGGAUCGACGACUUGAAAAGAAGUUUGACCGAAAUCUAGAGACCAUUGGCUUUGCCAUCUAUGAGGUUCCUGAUCAGUUCAAAGGUCUCAGUAAUGUACACCUGGGCCCGGAUGUGCUGCUGCGACAGAGAGCUGUGGCGAUGAGCAGCACCUUCAUCGAUACGCGGGAAGUGUGCACCCGCUUCAGACUGCCUCCGGGAGAAUACGUCAUCAUUCCCUCCACCUUCCACCCUCACAAGAACGGCAACUUUGUUCUCAGAGUGUUCUCUGAGAAACAGGCCGCCACCAGUCAACUUGAGGAAGACGUUGAUGUUGAGCUUGAAGAAGAGGAAGAUAUACGUGAGAGUGAUGUGGAUCCUGCUUUCAAGCACAGCUUCAGGCAGAUUUCUGGCAGCGACUCUGAGAUCUCAGUCUUCGAACUCAUUGCAAUUUUAAACAAAGUUGUCUCACGUCGCUGUGAUAUAAAGACGGAUGGUUUCAGCCUUCAAACAGGUCGCGAUAUCAUCAGCCUGCUGGAUAAAGAUGAAAGUGCCAAGCUGGGACUGAUUGAAUUCCACAUGCUCUGGAUCAAAAUCCAGAAAUACCUGGAGAUCUUUAAGAAGUAUGACUCAGACAAUUCUGGGACCAUGAGUUCCCACGAGAUGAGAGGAGCCGCCUCAGAAGCAGGUUUCCAUGUGAACAGUGAAGUGCUGCAGGUUAUCGUCAACCGUUACGCCGACUGCCAGUGUGGCAUCGACUUUGACAGUUUUGUCGGCUGUCUCAUUAAACUGGAAAUGCUCUUCAAAGCCUUUAAGACUCUGGACAGAGGAGGUUUGGGGAAAAUUGAGCUGAAGCUGCAGCAGUGGCUGUGCUUGGCACUCUAGAGGACAACACAAGCAAGGAUUGUAUCAAGAUACCUGCAUACAAAUGUGCUAAGUUAAAGCUACAAUGUGUAGGAUUUAGGGAACAUAGCAUUUAUACAUGGUGGUUCAGACA